AUGAGUGCUCCAGAACAAGCUGGCGCCGUGGAAAUCUUGUUUCAGCACCAGUAUGCAUUUUUGAUCUCAAAGAUUAUGUUUACUGCCUCUGAUCUUGGUGUAUUUGAUCUGCUGAUGGAGUCCAAGGAACCGUUGACUUCAGUGACUAUUGCCGAACGUCUGGGUACCAGUCCCUUUGGGAUGGAGAGGCUGCUGGACGCCUGUGUAGGCUUAAAGUUCCUGCGAAUGGAGAGGAAGGACAACCAAGCUCUUUAUGGAAAUACAGACAUUUCCAACCUCUACCUUGCCAAAUCAAGCUUGAAGUCUCAGUAUCAUUCCUUGAAGUUCUCUUCUGAAUUUAUCUAUCCGGGUAUGCAGUACUUAGCUGAUUCUGUGAGAGAAGGAAAGAGUCAGACUGAUAGAUUAUAUGGCAUUUCAGGAAAGGAUUGGUCUGGCGCUCUUAACAGAUCCAAGAGUGGGCUGCAAAAAAUGUUCAUGGAUGCUAUGCAUGCAAUGUGGCGUCUGUUUGGCCGAGAAAUGAUGGCUGCAUUUGAUCUUUCGCGUUUCCCGCUUGUUUGUGAUGUGGGAGGAUGUACUGGAGCAUGUGCCAAGGAAUAUAUUUCAUUAUAUCCAAAUUCUACAGUGACAAUUUUAGACCUACCUGAAAUAGUGGAACAAGCAAAGAACCAUUAUGUGUCCUCGCAAGAUCACCAGAUUACUUUCCAUAAAGGGGACUUUUUCAAAGACCCAAUUCCAGAAGCUGAUCUUUAUAUUUUGACUAGGGUCCUGCAUGACUGGGCUGAUGAUAAGUGUGUGCAGCUACUAACCAGACUGCACAAGGCCUGCAAACCUGGUGGUGGAGUGUUAAUAGUGGAAACGGCCCUCAAUGAAGAUAGAAAGGGGCCGGUAAGGUGCCAACUAUUCUCUGUGUUGAUGCUACUUCUUACCGAAGGCAAAGAACGAACCUCAUCAGAAUACAAUGCGCUGCUUAGUGCAGCUGGAUUCAAAGAGAUUAAACAAAAGAAAAUGAGCUUCUAUGAUGCCUUUUUAGCAAGAAAAUAA